AUGUUUGGAGAAGUGGGUUCUUUCUUGACGCCAAUCAAAAAACAGUUGACGUAUGUGAAUGCUGACUCUGGAACCAAUUAUCGAAAGACGACGAGCUUUCCGGUCUUUGAGGAAGGGGAUACCUUCAACGAAUAUAUCCGAAAGCAUAAAACAUGGACUGCAGAAAAGUUAUAUCAGGCGGAAGAGCCUACUCAACCCCAAUUACCACUCCAAGAAGUCACUGGCUCGUUGCAGUUUUUAUCUUAUUUGUAUAUUCCUUCAAUUUUAGGAGAAUGCCUUCCUGUCUGUCUUAUCUACCACAGUAGUGUUAACGUUGGAGGCACGAUUUACUAUUUUGGGGGACUAAGGUUAAUGACAGAUGAGGAGAGAGAUGAAUAUAUUGAAGACAUCACUAAUAACUACUUAGUAGCUUUGAGCCAUGUGUCUGUUGAUUUCAAUUAUGACCUACCACUUCCAUUGAAUGGUCAAAUCUUGAAAAGUUUAUUUCUCGUACCCAAUGAAGACGUUUACGCUUAUGACACGAUUACAAAAACUUACUACAAAAAACAACUUCAAGAGACUUAUCGUCUAGAUGGGCUGGGAACGUCGAUGAAAGCAGAGCUAGCUAAAACUGCGAAUUGUACUGCCACCUCUGGUGGCUCUUUACUGUUCAGAAGUGAAAUGCUUCCUCCCUUAUGUUGCCCAGUUACUAAUAGCCUCUCCGAUAGAUACGUAAUUAUCGCUGGAGGUUUUGAAAUUCUGACACAAGUCAACAAGAAAAGAAGCCAUGUGCAAGUGACUAAGACGAUGAAGGUUCAUGAUUCCAUAUGGAUAUUUGAUUCACUUGCGUGUAUAUUUCGCAAGCACAAUAUGGUGCUACAUCCCACGGUAUCUUUAAAUGUUCCUGACUCAUACCCACGUUUUGGCCAUCAAAUGGUGGUUCACAAGUACUCAACUAGUUCGGACCCAAAAUAUUUCAAGUCUUUCUCUGAUAGAAGAACCGACAAGCAACAGUGUAUAAUUUAUGCCAUGGGUGGGUACAAUAUGGAUUCCAAUAAUAGAUUCAUUGCCUCAAACGACCUAUGGAGACUUGACAUGAUUGACCUAUGGAAGGGAAAGAAUGGAUUUAUUGUUUACUCAAAGGACAUUGUGGCCUAUCCUAUAGGUGGACUGGAAACCGUAAUUAAUGUUACAAAUAAGUCCCAAUGUACCACUUCUUCUUGCUGGCCCUCACCCAGGGCAUUUUUUGGCUUUGCGAUGGUGGAUAACCAAGAUAUGCUGGAAAGCGACAAAAGCAGUGAUCCAUCAACCUGCGAAUCGUCUGUAACACCAAGAGCUGGGACUCCAAGUCCUCAAGAUGACACAUCCUCGAUCACAUUGCCCACUCAGUUCAAGUCAAUACUUGAAAGAAAGCUCUUAGUAGUUCAUGGAGGUUCAAGAAUAGUCUAUAAAACAGUAAAGACAAAUGAUGCAGCGGGAUCGGAUGGCGUAGAAACAUUUCAAAAGCAUGAGAUAUUAGGUGAUUUUUGGUGCUUUAAUAUGGCAGAAGAAAAAUGGAUACCAAUCGAUACGUACCUACAAAGUACAAAUAAUGAAACACCAAUGGCUAUUUCGCCAACCCUUAUCCCUAGAUGCGGCCACAGUCUGAUAUAUUUAGCGGGUUCUUUGAUGAUUGCCGGAGGUGUACAUAUGUUUUCAUCCCCUUCAAAGUCUUUUGUGUUUUCCAAUGAUGAUGGAGAUAUUUUACCCAAUCAGGAAUCUAUGUUCGAAUCAGAAGAAUGGAAACGAAUAUUCAAAGCUGAAAACGUUUACUUGGAUAAUUUGAGCACCAGUUCGUUCCCUUAUAGAUUUUUUCAAUUGAACUUGAAAACUCAAGUAUGGAAAAUUUCACCAAUAUUCAUUCCUUUGAGUUUGCAGUCCAAGGGAAUCGUAACUACCAUUGGAAGUACGUAUACGAAAGUGAAUUCAGUCAUUUAUGUAUCAGGUGGUGAAAUGAGACUGCUUGAUGUUGAUAUCUCACGUAAAUGGCUUCAAAAUUUCGAUCAAGGUUUAUAUGGGGGCAAAGCCAAUUCGUCGGCAAUUUCUAUGAAUGGCUGUGUCCUAGCUCUCACGAUACCACUAUCUGCUUCUGAUCAGUUUGAUUCAAAUUAG